AUGGCAUCAACCCCACCGGCCAGCCCCAGCGCGGACCAGCCGGCGAAACGCAAGCGCGGUCGCCCCCCACUGUCGCCCUCCCAGCGCAAGCCGAAGCCGGCGCCAUCCGGCCGGCCGCGCGGGCGACCCAAGGGCAGCGGCGCCAAGACAACGGGCGGCGGCGUGCGGAAGACGGCGGCGGCCGAUCCCACUGCGUCCGGCGCGACGACGCCUCGCCGCGGCAGGGGCCGGCCAAGGAAGGACCAGAGUGCGCAGAAAUUGCUGGAUGCCGCCGUGGCUGCCCCGGCUGCUGCUCGCGAGGAGGAGGCUGAGGAGGUUCCUGCUGCGGCUACGCCCGUGGGGCAGGUCAAGAGGGGCCGCGGUAGGCCGAAGGGGUCGGGGAAGAAAGCUGCUGCGCCGGCGGCUGCUGCGGUUGCUGGUGCUAUGACGGAUACGACGAAGAGGAAGGGACCGACUACACCUGCGAGGGGAGGGCCUGGCCGCGGGAGGAAGGCUGGGUCGGCUGCGAAACAAGUGGUAAAGGAUGAAGAGGAGGAAGAUGACGAAGGAGAUGAGGACGGGGAUGGUAGAAGCGAGGAAUAUUUCGAGGGUGAGGAUGUCGAUGGGCAAGAGGACGAGGAGACGUAG